GAUGGUCAUUUGGUAUUGUACUAUAUGAGAUAGUUACACUAGGAGGAUCACCAUAUCCAGCCAUGUCUAAUGUAGAACUCCUGCAAGCCCUCAAACAUGGUUACAGGAUGCCUAAACCUGACAACUGCAGCCAGGAAAUCUAUGACAUAAUGUUGGAGUGUUGGAAAGAGCAGUCAGAGACCAGACCAAGUUUCAGUCAACUCUGCAAUACCUUUACCAGAAUGCUUGAGGAAGACUCUUACCUGGAAUACUUCAAUUUUAAUGUACCACUGGCACAUGACUACUAUAGGAUCAAUAGUGACACAAUGGAUGAUGACAUCUUCGACCUAGAUGACCAAGGCUAUCCAAUAAAUCUAAACAGUAUGCCUGAAACUUCACAAAACGUGGAAAAAAUCCCUUCACAGAUGUCGAUUAUAACCACAGAGAUCCCUGACCAUGACUGUAUUAUACAGGAGAUGUCUAAAGCAGAAAGAAACGAGGAUACAAUUUCUUACACUGACAGCAAUUUUCUUGUCAGCGUUGGAACAUCCUCCUCCUUCAAUAAUGGCCUCUACCCUACAAUAGAAAAUAGUGAGAAAGACAAGUUAAACAUAAGAUUUGGUAGUAACCUUUAUACAGAUGACAACAUAUGUUCCAAUGUCCCAAAUAAACAACAGGAAGAAACUGAUACUUUGCCAAACCAAAAAGAUGAUACUGUCAGCGAUAUAGAUUAUACUGUCAACAGUUAUAACAAAGCUGCUGUAGAGAAUAGAACGAGUGCAUCUUCAGACAGAACGAGUGCAUCUUCAGAUGAUGUGUUCACCAAUUGUCAAGGUUGUACAAGGCUUGCAACCCUUACAGACUUUGAAGCCGGUCUGUAUGAAGAUUGUAGCAAAUUUUCUGAAGUCCCCAUUGACGGUGGUUUCUCACAGUGUCCAGAUUGUGGCAGACUUGACCUACAUCUCACUCCAUUUGACAUCCAUGUCAGUGAGAGGAAUGAUUCUGCAAUUUGUAGUACAGCUUCUGAUGACUCUGAUCAGUCACAGAGUAACCAAUCAGAUUCUUCCAUAGCAAUCAGCGAGGUCUACCUAAUGCCUGAUAGCCCAUCAGCUGAGUCAACUGACACGAAUACUUUCAACUUUGACGUAUCUGAGAAAAUUCUCAACCAUGACCAUUCAGAUAAUAUUGACAAAGAUGAUAGAAGAAAACGGUGGCAUUUUGAAAACCCGUGUUAUACAGGGCUGUAUGAACGAGGAACAGUUGACAACCUUUGGAAUGAUAGAAAUUUGUUAAAGAAUAGAUAUAUUGAUAACUUUCUUAUGAAACAAUCAAAAUCUGACGGCGACAUUUGGUGCAUUGCUGAGACAAAACUUUGAAUUAUAUUUUAUGAUGUUUUAACAAGUCAAUAAAGAUAUACCAGCGAAU